UAUUAUGACUAGACCUUUGAGAAACCUCGUUAGAAAGUGUUAAUUGUAAAAUCGAUCCAAUUCAAUACGAUGCUUGCAUUAUAUUACAUGUAAACAAGGCGCAGUGGUAUGCAUAGUGAAUUUACAAGACGGAGGCUGGGACGAUUGAGGUUUUCCUAAUUGGUCCAGGUCUGGCUGGUGGGAGGUUUCGGUCGUAGCUAGUUGCCACCCCGUCGACAAAGACGUACCGCCAAGCGAUUUAGCGUUCUGCUAAGUCGUCUAGAAACCGAAAGGGGUGUGGAUUUUCAACCUCCUAACAAAUUUGCCCGCUUCCAUCUUAGAUUGCAUCUUCACUUACAACCAGGUGAUAUUGUAGUCAAGGGCUAACUUGUGAAGAAUAAAAAAGGCAUUGCCUAGAAGCUUACAGCUUUAAUAAAAUCUAAUACUUUAUUAACCUUUAAGCUACAUAUAACUUAACGCCUGGCAGUUAGCACAUGCCCGAGGUCACGCGCCCUCGGCCUUGAAGACCAGCAAAUGGCUACACAACUGUAGUUGUAUAUACCCUAGAGGUACUUGUGACGAUCCUUCGUCCUAUCGCCGCGUAGAUUUCCACACGCCCCGCCGAGCCUCUCACCCAACGCGCAUGCGUGUUUCACUGACAGCCGUGCCAACACAUCCCGUACACUCUGAUCGUUUUAACUCCAAUUAAAAUUAGAAAAAUCCACAUUGAAACAUUAGCAAGUGUUCAGGGAUACACCUGGUGAUACGUUCAGUGCGUGAAUGCCGCCCAGCGAUGUGCGACUGAGCCAGGAUGGUGGCCAACAUAGGCGGAAUCAACGCGAGUAAUGUGGAAGCAACAGCGUACAUAAGCGCGGUCGCGGCGUUCGCAGCGGUGGUGCUGGUGCUGCUGCUGUUCCUCGGCCGGCGCUGGUGCUACUCCGCCGUCUUCGGCCGCAAGUGCUGCGAUGACAUCCUCACCGUGAACGCGGCUGGAGUCGCUCCGGGCUUACCUCUCGACAAUGCAAAAUUCGAUGCUUUGUCGAAAACGAACCAUUACCCUGAACGCGUAUUCACGUUCGAGGCGUCCGACUCAGACGAGGAACUGCGCUUGCGCAUACAACAGGAUAAAGAAGAGGUGGAAUGCAGGUACGAGGAAAAGAACGAAAACCAAAUCCAGUCCAAGGUGGAGGUCGAAGUGAUAGAGAACUCGUUGAGGGAGACCAGCAUUCGGGAGACGAAGAUUGAUGAAGUGGUGCCGCAGAGAACCGAGUACAUACACACAUUGGAGGCCCAGAGUAGCGUAGAGAGUGAUGUUAUUGCGCAUAAUGAGACAUCCUUACUCUGUGGCGAGAGCGGAACUGGUCCACAGGAGCGUGGUUCCGUAGAGUUGACACUGCUGUUCGACGCGCCGGUACGUGCCAUGACCGUGCACGUAUUGCAAGCACGCUCUCUGCCGCAGAAGGCGUCGGGACAAAUUCUUCAGAGUCAGGUUCGCAUUGUCUUGUUACCGCUGAAGAAACAGAAAUACAAAUCCAAGAUACGCAAUGGAGAGAAUCCGCAGUACAUGGAAAGCUUUGUCUUGCACAAGAUCAACCCAGAGGACGUCCACGGCCUCGGUCUUCGUAUCCGGAUUUACGGCUGCGAGCGUAUGCGCAGACAACGACUGCUCGGCGAGGCAACGGUCAGCUUCGCUAACCUCAACUUUGAGCUGGAAAACAACUUGUGGCUGCAGCUGUCACCACGACAGCACCAUCACCAGCCAAUACUGCAGCUGCCCAAACUGGAUCUGAAAUCGAUCACGGGCGUGUUAGCGAGCCCGUCGUCCAUCACCACGGUGAUGUCGCCGGGCGCGUUGGGCGGCGAGGCGUGCAGCCUGGCGCGCUCCGACUCGGCGUCGUCUUGCUGCAGCGCGCGCUCGGCGCCCGAGUUAUUGCUGGGACUGCAGUAUAACCCGACCACUGGGCAUUUGUCCGUUGAGAUCAUAAAGGGCACCCACUUCCGCAAGCUGUCGCCCAACAAGGCACCGGACACGUACGUGAAGCUGGUGCUGAUCAGCUCGCUGGGCAUGGAGAUGGGGCGCUGCAAGUCGUCCACGCGCCGCGCGCAGUCCAACCCACUCUACAAGGAACUUUUUAUAUUCCAGGUGGCGCUGUUUCAACUGAGCGAUGUAACGCUAAUGGUGUCGGUGUGGUGGCGGCGCAGCGUCAAGCGCAACGAGAUGGUGGGCUGGUUCUCGCUGGGACACAGCUCCUCCGGGAGAGAAGAGGAGAGGCAUUGGCAGGAUCUGUGCGAGCAACAGGGACAACAGCCGUCUAUCCAGGUGCAAAGAUGGCACGUCCUGCUGGACUCCUGACGGUCGUCGACGUAGUGCGCUGCGGACGCGCUCGUGUGAACUCUCCUGCCUCCCGGCAUCGCUCGCCUCUUGCGAAGGCGCUGGCCGCACC